AUGUUACGAAUCGGUCGUGUCCGUCGUGAUUUGCAUAAAAUCAAGAUAAGUGAAAAUCAAGAAGCUGUUUGUAUCGUUUGUGUCGAUACUUCAAUUCGUAAUAAUGAUUAUGCUCAUCAUGUACAGGAAAUGCUACUUGAAUUACAUCCUGAUGUUCGACUUUACAGUGAAGUUUGCUCAUCUGUCAAUCUGAUGAAGACACUUAUCAAUAAAUAUAUUCUUCUAAUCACUACCAAUGCUUUAGCACAUGAAAUUCUACCUUUAACUCAUUCUCUUAAUUCAGUAAUUGCCAUAUUCAUAUAUAGUCAAAAUCAAAAAUUGGAUAAUUCUCUAAUGAAUAAUUAUGAAAAAAUUGUUAAUAUAUUUAUUGAUCAAAAUACUUUAUUAAAAUCAAUUGAAAAAACAAUAUCUCAGAUUGAUAAACAAAUUCAUACGAUUACUUUAUUUGAUGAAACAUCAAAAUUAGUACAUAAUCCACCAAGAGGAACUGCGGCAUUUCUAUGGUAUCAUUUACUUAUCUAUGUUCUUAGACAAAUGCCUGCAGAUGAACAAUCAAAAAAAGAAAUGCUCGAAAAAUGUAUUGAUUAUUAUAGAGAUAAUAAACGAGAAUUAAAGAAAAUUGAAGAAUUUCAAUUAACAUAUAAAUGUGAAGAAGCUAUUAAAUGGUAUACGAGAGAUUGUUUUCUUUACAGAUUAUUAAACAAAGCUCUUAGAACAGAAAAUAUUCAAUUAUUUUAUUCAUUUCGAUUUUUUAUCAUAGAUCUUUGUUAUCAAUUGGAAAUUCAAAAUUUAAAACGAAAAAAACAGAAAAUAACAAAAUUAUAUCGAGGUCAACGUAUGUCUAAAGAAGAAUUUAUGAGAGUUAAAAGAAGUAUAGGAACACUUAUAUCAAUUAAUGGAUUUCUUUCCAGUUCACGUGAUUUAAAUGUUUCUUUAGUUUUUGCUGGACAAGAUUUAUCAGAUACUGAUGAUCGAUAUUCUGUUUUAUUUAUUAUUCAUAUUGAUUCAUCAAUAAAAAGUUUCGAUUUUGCUGAUGUUCAUCAUAAAAGUGAAAUACCCGAUGAAAAAGAAGUACUUUUUAGUCAUGGUGCUUCAUUUAAAAUGGAUUCUCUUGAAAAAAAUGUCGAUCUUAAUAUAUGGGAAGUUAAAUUAACAGCAACAGAUGAAGGUUCUGAUUAUGUUCAAGAAUACAAAUUAUUAUUACAAGAAACAAUCAAAGAUCAGAGUCCAACUUUAAUUUUCGGAGCAUUUUUUUGGCGUAAUAUUGAAUAUAUAGAUCAUGCUAAAAUAUACUUUGAAAAACUACUUCAAAGAUUACCUUUGAAUCAUUCAGAUCUUCCAUUUAUUUAUAAUUACAUUGCUGCAGUACAUUAUGAAAAAUAUCAAUGGGAUUUAGCAUUAGAAAACUAUCAACGGGCUUAUGCGAUUCGACAAAAACAAGUUCCACUAAAUUAUAAUCAUAUUAUUGCUUCUUUACAUAAUAUUGGUAAUGUUUAUUGUGAAAAAGAAGAGUUUGAUAAAGCUUUUGAAUAUUAUUCUCGAGCAUCGACGAUUGAUAAAGAAAAUAGUUGCAUUGAUUCAUUAUCAAAAGCUGGUAUACAUGAAGCUUUAGGAAAUCUUUUCCGAAAGAAACGUGAUCUGAAUAUCGCUCUCGAUUGGUUAAUUCCAGCAUAUCAUAUGUAUGCAAGACUUUUACCUGCUCCACAUCCUCAUAUUGCUAGAUGUAUUGGAAACAUUGCUCUUGUUUAUGAAAUAAAACGUGAUCUUGAUCUUGCUCUUGAGUAUUUUUUUGAAGAAUUUCAAAUGGAAGAAGAAUGUUUAUCACCCGAUCAUCCCAACCUUGGUCUUCAUUUAGACUGGUUAAUUACCAUGUAUAAGAAGAAAGGUCAAUGGAAAAAGAUUCUUCGUUACUAUCAGCCAAAACUAAAUACAACAGAACAUAAAAUCAAUACAAAUUAUUCUCACUUUUCGUCUGCAUUAAGAAUGCUACAGGAUUUUUCUCACUCGUCUACAGUGUAUGGCACGUACUACGAACUAACGACUAUUUACUCCUUAUCGCCCACAGUUAAAAUAACUUCUAUAAAAAAUACAUUUGAUCAGUUGACCACAACUCGAUGUAUUAGAGCACUUAGUGAUUGCAGUUUCGACGAGCAGAAAAUAAAUAAAAAUCAUACAUAUUGGUUACAUGUGUUAAAUUCCGAACGACGAGUCUUUUCGACAGAUCAUCCAGAAAUUGUUCGAUCUUUGCAAUGGGUUAUAGAAAGUCGCGCAGAAACUGUGCGAAACUAUUUAGAAGCACUACAAAAAUAUACAGAAAACGUGCAGAAUUAUUCCAAAUAACUAACUACUUUGGAAGGCAUCGAAUGGGACAAAUUUUCAGAUUUGCAAUUUAAACACUUAACAGGAAAAUAUUUCAAUGGAACUUUAUAAAUAUAAAAGACUCACUCGUAUACAAUUAUGUAAAAAAAAACAUAUCUUUUUGUUUUCUUCUUCUCUUCCGUGUGUGCUCAUAUAUUUAACACUGUUCGUGUGUUAUUAGUCAGUUAUUGACUUUUGAUGCACCCUUCUUCCUGUGGGUGUGGGCGUGGGUGUGGGUGUGGGUGUGGGUGGGUGUGGGGUGUGGGUGGGUGUGGGGUGUGGGUGUGGGUGUGGGCGGGUGCGGGUUUGGAUGGGUGUGUGGAUGUGGACUUUAUUAAAGAUCACACCCACACCCACAUCCACACCCACACCCACAUCCACACCCACACCCACAUCCACACCCACACCCACAUCCACACCCACACCCACAUCCACACCCACAUCCACAUCCACACCCACACCCACAUCCACACCCACACCCACACAUACCCACACCCACACCCACACCCUAAAAAGUGAUAUAGAGAGUAUGAGAGACCAGCUACAUGAUGUAUUACAGAACGAGACUUUCUCUACAUAUAUAGAUUUUUUUAUAACUGAGCUAAUUUUUUUCUAUGCAGAAACAGGUUUAAGUGUCUUUCAGUAUUUUGCAUUUAUUUCCAAAGAG